CUUUACCAGUACAAUCUCUCCCUUCACUGAUUGAAUUCAAAGGAUAGUGACAAGUCUCAUACACGCAGAUUGCAUUCUGUUGAUGCAAUGGAGAGUAGUAGCCAUGAACCUAUCUCUGGCCCUGCCUCGGUCAAGGGCAAAGUAUCAGCGACCUCAACUUCGCCAGAGGACAAGUAUCCUGAAGGUGGAGCGGAAGCCUGGGGAGUAGCCAUAGGCACAUCUUUAUCACUCUUCUGUACCUUGGGAUAUGUCAAUUCUUUCGGAGUUUAUCAAGCAUACUACAUGCACAACCAGCUCAGCGAUGAGGACCCCUCUCAUGUAUCGUGGAUUGGUUCUCUUCAAUUCUUCCUAGUUUUUGCGGUUAGCAUCUUUGGCGGUCCACUGUUCGACCGAUUUGGAGCUAAGAUUAUCAUCCCUAGCGCCAUCGCAUAUGUCUUCUCGAUCAUGAUGACAAGCCUUGCCCAAGACUAUUACCAAUUCAUGCUUGCGCAAGGUAUCCUUGGCGGGAUAACUAGCGGCUUGGUCUUGAAUCCCGCCAUGGCCGCCACAUCUCAAUAUUUUGACAAGAACCGUGGCGCUGCCAUCGGUCUGGCAAUUGCUGGAUCUUCCUUAGGUGGUGUGGUUAUUCCUUUGGCCUUAAGUCGCAUGUUAGCAAAUGAAUCGCUUGGCUUUGGUUGGGCGGUCCGCAUUAUCGGUUUUAUUUCUGUCGCGCUCCUCGCCGUUGCUUGCAUCUUGGUCAAGGAGCGGUUACCACCACGCAAGAAGGAGUUCUUCCUGCUUAAGGCAUUCGCCGAGAAGAAGUACAUAUGGGUCACGAUAUCGGGGUUCUUUCUUUUUCUCGGCAUGUUUACUCCUUACUUCUUCCUCCCAGAUUAUGCGCUGAGCCGAGGUAUGGAUCCGCUCCAAGCCUCGUAUCUAAUCGCUAUCCUCAAUGGUACAUCAUUCCCCGGAAGGGUCAUACCGGGCAUACUCUCCGACAAGUUCGGUCGUUUCAAUAUGUAUGCCAUAGCCAGUGUGGCGACGUCUAUUCUCCUUUUCUGCUGGACCCAAUGCACUAGUCACUCAGCAAUUUACGCUUUUACGGUCCUGUACGGAUUCUUUUCCGGUGGAAUCGUGUCCGGAAACUCUAUCAGCUUGGCCUCCACGACAGAUAAUCCCACCAACAUCGGCACAUACAUGGGCCAGGCUAUGCCGAUCAUCUCUCUUGCAAGUUUGAUCGGCCCUCCGAUCAGUGGGGCUUUUUUGGCCGCAUAUCAAGGCUACCAGGAACUCGCCAUCUUUAGUGGUGUCGCCUGCAUCAUUGGAUUCCUAUCCGUGCUGAUGUCGAAGUCAACGACGCGAGAGGGGCUGCUAGGUCUAGCAUGAAACAUGGGUAUCAGGGGUAUACUAUCACUGGUUUGAGGAUGCACUACAUAGGGAAUGCUUUGUAUUUUCUCCACAACGUUGAUGUAUGG